GACAGUGCAGCAGAGGGAGAGAGGCUCUGAGAGAGAGAGAGAGAGAGAGAGAGAGAGAGAGAGAGAGAGAGAGAGCAGCUUUCGUCUUUUUUUUCCUCAGCAGAGAUAAUAGAGAGACUCAUCCUCCUUUAGAAGAGACAGCAGUGGCUUUGAUCUUCUCCAGCGACCAGAUACUUCCACAGGUUCUACUGCAGGAGAAUACCGUCCCCAACACCUCCAUCAACUCAUCCAACCACAGGAGACCAAAAGUAACGGGACAGGAGACACUGUGAACAGGUCGAUGGCGCUGGGUGUAAAUGUGUGCUGGCUGCUGGUGCUGAGCUCUCUGGCCGUAUCGGUUCGGGCUGAAUGCUCGCGGCGCUGUGCGCUCUGCGUCUACAGCCUGCUGGACCAACCAGAGGAGAGCAGCACGGGGAGCUGCACACUGGCGUGUGGAGGCAGCGUGGACUCGAGGACGCUGGAGCCGUGUCGGGACGUCCUGACGGAGGAGGAGCGAGUGGCCGUCGACGGCCUGAAGCUGGAUGGAGAAAACCCAGAGCACCUGCUGUCCAAGAAGUACGGAGGCUUCAUGAAGCGCUAUGGAGGGUUCAUGAUGAAGAAGGCUGCAGAGGUCAGCGGGGUCACCGGCACCGCCGAGAGCGACAGGACGGACGGGAUUUCGCCCAGUCCCAGUAAGAAGUACGGCGGCUUCAUGAAGAAGGAUGGCGCUCAAGGCGCUUCAGCUUCGGAGGAGCAGAUGGACCUGCUGAGGGAAAUCCUGAGGUCAGGAAUCAGGCCUGAGGAACCCGGGCGAGACCUCCACAAGCGCUACGGGGGCUUCAUGCGCAGGGUGGGCAGACCGCAGUGGCUGGACGACCACAAGGGCUAUGGCAUGUACAAGCGCUGGGACGACGGCGGCGAGACGGCGGUGCCCGACAAGAGAUACGGAGGCUUCAUGGAUUAAGAUGGGCUCAGAGCGAGCUCGGCACGGACACUCAUCGCAACCAAAACCCAAAUAUGUGCAGAGCUUAACACUGUACUACUAUCAUUUAUUUUUAUUUUUAUAUAAAUACAUUUAUACGCUGGCAACUUUUUUUCUGUUUGUUUGUUUGUUUGUUUGUUUUUGGGUUUUCUUUGUCUUUGCUGAUGCAUAUUUAUGCACUGCUUAGUAUUUACACGCUCAUCGUCAAAUAAAUAGUUGCAACAAUCGUUGGGUGCACCCAACCCAAUUUGGUUAUGUUAAUUAUAUAGAGCUACAAAUCAAGCUCUUAGAAUGGCAGCAGCAUGUGGACGAGCAUUGUCCUGUUGGAAUGGCGCACCAGAGUUAGGGCCACUGGUUGCAGGACCUUAUUAACAUGAUAAAUUAGGUCAAAGUCAAAAUUCCUGUAAGGAACACCAAAUAGCAUAGCAUCUAUAGCGUCUUCAAUGUAAGCUCUUGUGGCACCAGCAGCAUGUGGACAAACAUUGUCCUGAUGAAAUGAUGCACCAGAGUUUACAGGACUUUAUUAACAUAGUGUUGGGCCCUCAAAGAUCCUAUAAUGAAGACCAAAGGAUCUAAGUCUAUCAAUUCGACUGACCAUGUUAUAGCAUUUGUAGUGUCUUCAGUGCAAGCUCUUGAGAUGGCAGCAGUAGGUGGAUGAGCAUGUCGAAAAUAGUUGAAAUAGCGCACCAGAGUUUACAGGACUUACAGGACUAUUAACAUAAUGUGUGGGUGUCAAAGUUCCUGUUAUAAAGGCCAAGGGAGCUACGACUAGCAACUCAACUGGCCAUGGCAUAGCAUCUGUACUGUCUUCAAUGCAAGCUCUUCUAGUGACAGCUGCAUGUGGACAAGCAUUGUCCUGUUGAAAUGAUGCACCAGAGUUAAAGGCACUGGUUGCAGGACCUUAUCAACAUAACUUUGGGUAGUCAAAGUUCCUGUAAGAAAGACCAAAUAGCAUAGCAUCUGUGGUGUCUUCAGUGCAAGCCCUUGUGAAAACAGCAGCAUGUGGACGAGCAUUGUCCACAUGCACCAGACGCACCAGAGAUAGGGCCACUGGUUGCAUGACCUUAUUAACGUAAUAAAUUAGUCAAAGUUCCUGUAAGGAAGACCAAAAAGCAUAGCAUCUGAAGUUUCUUUAAUGCGAGCUCUUGUAAUGACAGCAGUAUGUGCACGAGCAUUGUCCUGUUGAAAUGGCGCACCAGAGUUUACAGGACUUGCAACUCGACCGGCCAUGGCAUAGCAUCUGUUGAAAUGGUGCACCACAGUUUGCAUUCAGAAAAGAUUGGGUCACUGGUUGCAGAACCUUAAUAACAUAACGUUGGACAGUCAAAGUUUCUGUAAUGAUGACCAAAGAAGCUACGUCUAGCAACACAACUGGCCAUGACAUAGCAUCUGUAGAGUCUUGAAUUUAAGUGCUUGUGGACGAGCGUUGUCCUGUUGGAAUGGCGCACCAUAGUUUGCAUUCAGAAAAAGUUGGGUCACUGGUUGCAGGAACGUAUCGUAGAGUAGUCAAAGUUCAAAGUGUGGACGUGCAUUUACAGGACUUUAUUAAUGUAACGUUGGGCUGUCAAAGUUCCUGUAAUAAAGACCAAUAAAAGCAAAGGAUCUACGUCUAGCAACACGACCGGCCAUUGUAACGGCAGCAGCAUGUGGACGAGCAUUGUCCUGUUAAAAUGGUACAUUGUUUAGAGUGUGGCGGAUUCAGAAAUAGUAGGGCUACUGGUUGCAGGACCUUUUUUAAUCUUAGUAAUUAUGUUGGGAUGUCAAAGUUCCUGUAGUAAAGACCAAUGGAGAUCUGGCAUGGGGCAACUGCAAUUGUAACUUCCUACCAAGUUUCAUUCCUGUCCAAUGAUUCCUUAAGGGUGCACAUAUUUGCUUGACGUUGAGAGUACGUAAUUCGCCUGUUCAUUAGUGUGAUUAUUUUUAGGUAAACAGAGUUUUAAGCCUUGCUGUUAAUGUCUAUAUAUAGUCAUAUUUUUGUACAGAUAAAGAAAUCCCACAGACUCACACUCACACACAGAUGGUAACCAUUCAGUGGACGUUUCGCAAGACCCAGGUCUUCAGAUCACAGAUAUUCAGCUGUACUGUGCUGCUGCUUCGUUUUCUGCCGUCGCCCCACCAGCUAGAACUUAUUUAUUUCUAUUUAUUUGCCAGUGAGGGCCGUGUGUCAGUUCCUGUAUACCUGUCGAUGCCUCUGGUUUCAACCGCCGUCACUUUCUGUUCCAAUCAAAGCAGCAUUUCUGACCUGUUAGCUGUACAGAACACAAUAAAUUCAUCUGACUGCAGAAAU